AUGCAUCUCGUCACGUUCGGCACUCACGGGGUCUACAACGACUUCGCUCGCCGACUCGCGCGCUCCGCGACCGACGUCGGAGGUUUCGGGACGGCCACCGUCUACGACCAGUCCCACUUCGAUGCCGAAUUCGAGGCCUCCCAUCGCGAAGUGCUCGCCCUCACGCGUGGAUUCGGGGCUUGGUGCUGGAAGAGCUACUGUAUACUCAAACGUCUGAACGAGUUGGCAGAAGGAGAAAUACUGACGUACUGCGAUUCGCUCUACGUGUUCAAGCGCGACAUGAGGCGGAACGCAGACGAAUGGCUGAAGGACCGGGACGUAGUCUUGUUCGAGAACAAGCCAUCCGAACCGAGCUUCUCGGAAACGAACUGGUCGAAAUACGAUGCGUUCCAUAUCCUGGGUGCGGACCCCAGCGUACAUGGGUAUCAGACGCAGUGUUGGGCGGGCUUCGUGUUGCUGCGCAAGACCCCCGAGUCCGUGAGAUCUACUGUACAACAUCAGGAUAGGGAGGUGACGCGAAAUUUCUCACGGGAUACGAACAGAGAGACGAUGCACCUGGCCCGGCUCCUCCUGUUCUGUGUCAUCGGGGGCUGCUUCUUCGCUCUGGGCGCGUACUGCCGAGCAUCCGCGGGAGUGCUGAUCCUCCAAACGGUGUCCGAGCCGGUACAGAAUGACGCCGCUUCCUGGGAAGCGAGCUGCUGCGACCCGAUGCCCCGAAACCCGUGGCGCGACACCGUUCGGGAUGCGGCCUCGUACGUACGGCCGUCCCGCCGGGAACGUCAGGUGGGAAUGCUCACCGCCGCCAAGGAGGGCGGCUCCGAGAAUUCCGUGCUGCCUCUCUUCGCCGACAAGAGCUGCAUGAAUCGGGACCGCUUCUUCUACAGCUCGCGGACGGACGGGUUCAAUCCCAUCGUCGUGCCGGUGUUCCAGAAGGGAAGGAACUGCAUGACGGACCGCAUCGGCUGCGAGACCCUCUACGACGGGGACACCGUGCAGGUGCCGGCCCUAGGCGAGGGCAAGACCUUCGAGACGCGGGAUCUUCCGCUGGAUCAGACGACGGCUGACAAGAACCACGCCGAGUUCCGCUCGUACAUAGACACCGUCAAGUCGUACGGGAAGCGGGGCGGUGAGGAGAGCGACGACGAUGAUGACGAGGAAGGGCUGUGCGAGCGGACCGCCAAGCAGUGCGUCGUCUUCGUCUUCGGCAGGACCUCCGCGGGAGAGAGCAUCUGCAUCCGGACCCGGUUCGAGCCGAGCAUCUACCUGCUGCCCCCGGACGACAUGCUCCCCUACGCGCACGAGGUCGCGGAGCGCAUCUACCUGUCCGUCUACCGGAGGGCGUACGGCGCACUCGUGUCCGUCGAGAAGGUCAGGAGGAAGAAGUUCAACGGAUUCCACGGGGACCGCGUCUUCGACUUCUUCCGCAUCCGUACCACCUCCGAGAAGGCCGCCCGGCAGUGUGGGUACGCGGUGCGGAAGAAGCAGCUCAACGUCUGGCUGGUGGACAAGGAGAAGAAGCGGUACGACCUGUACCAGGGCAACGUGAGCGCCAUGAUGGAAUUCCUGCACGAGUACUCCCUGCGCUCCGUCGGCUGGCACACCCUAGACCUGACUGCGCGCGGCGUCUCACCGGUGGCGGAGCCGGACAGGAUGAGCACUUGCGACCUGGAGUACGAGUUCGCCCCCUCGGCGCUGUUGGUCGCCGACGACCUCGACGAAGAGCCGGACCUGGUGGAGUGCUCCUACGACAUCGAGGCCUGGGACGAGAACCGGGACUUCCCCAUGGGCUCCAAGCCUUCCUCCAAGUGCAUCACCAUCGGGACGUCCUUCAAGAGGCGGGGGAGCGUGUACCUGAAGCACGCCGUGACUCUGAAGCAGUCGCUGCCGCUGGAGGGCGCCGUGGUGGAGAGCUACGAGGACGAGCGGGAGGUGAUCGCGGCGUGGCUGAGGUUGCUGGCCAGGGAGCAGCCGGACGUGAUCUAUGGCUACAACACGGACCAGUUCGACUGGCGCUACCUCUUCGAGCUGGCCCAGAGGCUGGGCGUGCCCUUCGCGGUGGGGCGGCUCCGCGGGGUCCUCAGCGAGUACCAGGAGAAGGUGAUGGAGUCGUCGGCGUUCGGCUUCAACCAGUUCUUCCUCGUGAGCACGCCCGGCAUACUCAACAUGGACGUCAUGCAGGCCGUCAAGCGCGCCCACAAGCUGGAGAGCUACAGCCUCGAGAACGUGUCCGCGCACUUCCUGGGCGAGCACAAGGACGACAUGAAGUACAAUCGCAUGUUCGACCUCUUCGAGGAGGGGACGCCGGAGGACAUCCGCGAGAUAGCCAAGUACUGCGUCCAGGACACCAUGCUGCCCAUCAAGCUGGCCGACAAGCUCAACAUCCUGAUCGACCACGUGGAGAUGGCGCGCGCCACGUACGUGCCGGUCGACUACCUGCUGAAGCGCGGCCAGCAGAUCAAGAUCUUCUCGUGCAUCCUGCGCCGCAUCCGCGGGGAGUACCUGAUCAGGACGUUCGACGGGGACGAGGCUCCCCCGGAGGAGACGUACCAGGGCGCCACGGUCCUGGACGCGAGGGCGGGGGUGUACAUGGACCCGGUGGUAGUGUGCGACUUCGCGUCCCUCUACCCGAGCAUCAUGCGGGCGCACAACCUGUGCCUGACGACGUGGGUGGCCGACGCGAGGUUCGAUGACCUGCCGGGCUACGAGUACGCGAGCUUCGAGCGGACGGACGAGAACGGCGACGUGACGAGGACGAGGUUCGUCCAGAACAGGAAGGGCGUCAUCCCGGCGCUCCUCGAGGAGCUGGGCUUGCUGAGGAAGCUGGCGAAGAAAAAGAUGGCGGAGGCCACGGAUCCGUUCCAGAGGAGGAGGUGGAACUCGAUGCAGCUGGCGAUGAAGAUGUGA